CCAAGCCCAUUGCAAUACGAGUUAAGGCACUGUGAACGCCUGCCUCCUCGCGAAUCUGCUAGAAAUCCGUGCGAAACGCGCCACGAAUCGAUUCGUUGGUUCGCUGCUCAAUCCUUGCCCAGCUCUAGCUAGCACAGGAGUGCAGCACCUAUUGCAAGCAAAAAGCUACAGCUCUUACGCGCGCGCUACAACGCGCCACCAUGUCCGACGCGCCACCUAGUGAAGGCCCCGUCGAGCGCGCGCGCAAAACACUCUCAAACAUACUGUCAAACAUCCCGAGCUCGCCCAACGUGAUCAAAGCGUUGAUAGCCGCGCUCGUCGUGCUCGCCUCGGCCAAGAUUGGGAAUGGACUCAUCAAGGCCAACUCCAUAGGAAACCAGCCUCUACAAGGCAAGAUCAAGCCCAUCACGCUGAACGGCGACGGCUGGGAGAACAACCUGUCGAAGGACCAACUCCAGCAAUUAGAUAAUGGUAAAAGGGUACUGCUCCAGAAGCGAUUACGGGGCGACUCCGGCGGCCGCGGCACGGCGGUCCAGGACAUGAACGCGCCGCCUGCUACUGUUCUGAAAGCCGUGACGACGUUCGACCGAUACGCGGGCCGACUCGCGCAGUGCUCGUACUCCACGGUCUAUGGACGAUCCCAGAACCGCAUGAAGGGCACGGAAAAUAUCAAAGUGCACAUGAAGCUUGCUGGUGGCGUCAAGACUUUCAACUGCUACUACGACCACACCGUGACCCCGAAAAAAGGUACGGUUACGUGGCAGCUCGACCCCGAGAAAACUUCGGACUUCGUCGACGUCCAGGGCCAGUGGUACGUGGCAAAACACCCCACAAAACAGGGCUGGUCGCGCGUCUGGUAUUCGGCUGAGGUCGCGCUACCGCCCUGGCUGCCGGGGCCCAUCGUCGUCCAGCUCUGCAAGACGUCGGGCACCAAGGCCCUCUCCUUCGUCAAGAAGGAGGCCGAGGCGCUUAUGUCUUCUUCGUGGGGCCGCACGCGCGGGGGCUUCCGGCCUGUGGUUCCUUUGCGGCCGCGGCGGUUCAAGAGGUAGCUUCGGG